GCCGCGUAUGGAUCGGCAGGAGCGAGAAGACAGGAACAUCGUCCUGUCGGGGCUACGCAGCCAGCUCGCUCAUACUUGCCGCCCCUUGUGCGCAACGGCCCCUCACGGCUGGCAACGGCGAGAUGGAAUGCUGAGGGGUGCGACUCUGCCGUGCGGCUAAGCGACGCCUUUGCGCCGCGCGCGGCCGCGCGCUCCUCCACACCCUCUCGCCGGGCCCUGUGUAUGCGGCGGCACCCCACACCAGCACCCCGCUCUCCGCCCCGGCGGCCCUUCUCUCUUGUCCACCUCAUCCUCGUCCCCUCCGCACCUUCGUAUGGCACUUCUUCUGCCGCACCUCGGCCGUGCCGCCGCGCCGCGCAUCUUCGCCGCCGUCGCCGGCAGCAGCAGCAGCAGCGGGCAGCGCGUCUUCUCCUCGCUCGAGCGUCGGCCGCGAUGCGCGCCUCGCACCGUCUUGAGCUCGGCGCUGGGCCAUGGCAGCUCCUCCAGCCUGCCCGCCAUCGCACGGCGCGCAUUCUCGGCCGCAGCAGCGCGGCGUGAGGCGCAGCCGCCCGGCGGUAAGCCCGACGGCGGCAUCGAGGGCGUGCUGAAGGACAUCAAGCGCGAGGUCGAGAACAAGCUCGGCGGCACCGGCGGCAUCGUGGAGAAGGGCAAGGCGGCACCGCGCGACGGCAGCAUUGUGGAGAAGGGCAAGGAGGCGCUGCGCCAGGUGCAGGGGCGCGGCGACGAGCUGCGCCAGGCGGCCAACAGUGCGGGCGAGCAGGCGCUCAAGAAGGGCCAGGACGCGGUUGACGGCGUGAAGCAGGAGGCCACGGACCGGGCGGUCGCGUACGGCAAGGAGAAGCUUUCCGAGGACAUCAUGACGCUGCCCAACGUGCUCACGAUGCUGCGCCUGGCCUCGUGUCCCGUGCUGGGCUACCUCAUCGCCACGGGCCAGCUCAAAGCGGGCGUGGCGCUGCUCUUCGUCGCCGGCGCCAGCGACGCGCUCGACGGCUACAUUGCGCGCAAGCGCGGCAGCUUCACCGUCUUUGGCAGCAUCGCCGACCCCGCGGCCGACAAGGCGCUGAUGACGACGAUGGUUGUGGCGCUGGCGUACCGCGGACUGCUGCCGAUGCCGCUGGCCGUGCUCAUCAUCGGGCGCGACGUGCUGCUCGUCAUCUCUGCCUUCUUCAUCCGCUUCCGCACGCUCUCCAAGCCGCGCACGCUGGCGCGCUACUUUGACCCCACGCUGCCCAGCGCCACGGUCGUGCCGACGGCGAUCAGCAAGGCCAACACGGCGCUGCAGCUCGUGCUCGUCGGCACGGCGACGCUCAUGCCGCUGCUGCCGCCCGUGUGGCAGAGCAACCUCGAGCUGCCGUGGACGGCGCUCAUCUGGAUCGUCUCGGCCACCACGGUGUGGAGCGGCCUCGGCUACCUCGGCGGCGGCGGCAGCCAGAAGGUGCUCGCCAAGGCGGCCGAGGUUGCGUCUGUCGCGGCCAAGCGCAGCCCAAAGUAAUGCAUCGCACCUAGACAGCAUAACCCCUGUGUGACAGGCGGAUCAGGGCGAGGCAGAGAGGCUGGU